AUGGGUUCCAAGAGGCGAAGAGCUACCUCGCCUUCCAGCAGUGUCAGCGGAGGAGACUUUGAUGACAGCCACCACUCCACGAAUAUACCAGGCCCAAGCAGAAAGAGGAGGAGACUUUCCAAUCUCCCAACUGUAGAUCCUAUUGCUGUAUGCCAUGAACUUUACAACACCAUCAGAGAUUACAAAGAUGAACAGGGCAGGCUCCUUUGUGAGCUUUUCAUUAGGGCACCGAAGCGAAGAAAUCAGCCAGAUUAUUAUGAAGUGGUUUCUCAGCCAAUCGAUUUAAUGAAAAUCCAACAAAAGCUAAAGAUGGAGGAAUAUGAUGAUGUGAACGUGCUGACUGCUGAUUUUCAGCUUCUCUUUAACAACGCGAAGGCUUACUAUAAGCCUGAUUCUCCUGAAUAUAAAGCUGCCUGCAAAUUAUGGGAGUUGUAUUUGCGCACAAAAAAUGAAUUUGUUCAAAAAGGUGAUGCUGAGGAGGAAGAUGAAGAUGAGGAAGGACAUGACAAUCAAGGCACAAAUUCUGAAUUAUCAUCUCCAGGAUACCUGAAGGAAAUUCUUGAACAGCUUCUUGAAGCUGUAGCUGUUGCCACAAACCCAUCAGGACGCCUCAUAAGUGAACUGUUCCAGAAACUUCCUUCUAAAGUGCAAUACCCAGAUUAUUAUGCAAUAAUAAAGGAGCCCAUAGAUCUUAAAACUAUUGCCCAAAGGAUACAGAAUGGAACUUACAAAAGCAUUCAUGCAAUGGCCAAGGAUAUAGAUCUUCUGGCAAAGAAUGCCAAAACCUACAAUGAGCCUGGAUCACAAGUAUUCAAGGAUGCAAAUGCAAUUAAAAAAAUAUUUAAUAUGAAAAAGGCUGAAAUUGAACACAGUGAGCUGGCCAAGUCAAGUCUCCGAAUCAGGACUCCAUCAAAUUUGACUGCUUCCAAGCUGACAGAUCCUUCCUCACAGGGUAAAGGCAGUGUUGGUGAUGAGAGAAAUUCUUCUAACAAAUAUUAUCGUAACAAAAGAUCAGCCCAAGGGGAUCGUUUAUCAGCAAUAACCAUGGCAUUGCAAUAUGGAUCAGAAAGUGAUGAGGAUGCAGCUCUGGCUGCUGCGGCUCGUUAUGAAGAAGGAGAAUCCGAAGCAGAGAGCAUUACUUCCUUCAUGGACACUUCUAAUCCUCUUUAUCAGCUUUAUGACACAGUUAGAAGUUGCCGAAAUAAUCAGGGCCAGCUCAUAUCUGAACCCUUUUUCCACUUGCCCUCCAAGAAAAAAUAUCCUGAUUAUUAUCAGCAAAUUAAAGCACCUAUUUCAUUGCAGCAGAUCAGAACCAAACUGAAGAACCAUGAAUAUGAGACUUUAGAUCAGUUGGAGGCUGAUCUGAACUUGAUGUUUGAAAAUGCCAAGCGCUACAAUGUUCCCAAUUCUGCCAUCUAUAAAAGAGUACUGAAAAUGCAGCAAGUUAUGCAGGCAAAGAAGAAGGAGCUUGCUAGGAGAGAUGACAUUGAGGAUGGGGACAGUAUGAUUUCUUCUGCUACAUCUGAUACUGGAAGCUCAAAAAGGAAAAGUAAAAAGAAUAUACGAAAGCAACGAAUGAAGAUCUUAUACAAUGCAGUUCUGGAAGCUCGAGAAUCAGGCACAGGCAGACGGCUCUGUGAUCUGUUUAUGGUUAAGCCAUCCAAAAAGGACUAUCCGGACUAUUAUAAAAUUAUCUUGGAGCCAAUGGACUUGAAAAUGAUAGAACACAACAUCCGCAAUGAUAAGUAUGCAGGGGAAGAAGCCAUGAUUGAAGACAUGAAGCUCAUGUUCCGAAAUGCAAGGCAUUAUAAUGAGGAAGGCUCCCAGGUAUACAAUGAUGCUCAUAUGCUGGAAAAGAUCCUUAAAGAAAAAAGGAAAGAACUGGGACCCUUAGCUGAAGAUGAUGAUGUUGCAUCCCCUAAACUAAAGCUAAGUAGAAAAAGUGGCAUUUCUCCUAAAAAAUCGAAAUACAUGACUCCAAUGCAACAGAAACUGAAUGAGGUCUAUGAAGCAGUUAAGAAUUACACGGAUAAACGAGGCAGGCGACUGAGCGCCAUCUUCUUGAGGCUGCCAUCUCGGUCUGAGCUUCCUGACUAUUAUGUAACCAUUAAAAAGCCCGUUGACAUGGAAAAGAUCAGAAGCCAUAUGAUGGCAAAUAAAUACCAGGAUAUUGAUUCCAUGGUAGAGGACUUUGUAAUGAUGUUCAAUAACGCUUGCACAUAUAACGAGCCAGAAUCUUUGAUUUAUAAAGAUGCUCUGGUCCUACAUAAAGUUUUGCUUGAAACUCGGAGAGAAAUAGAAGGAGAUGAGGAUUCUCAUGUGCCCAAUGUCACUUUGCUAAUUCAGGAACUUAUCCAUAACCUUUUUGUAUCUGUUAUGAGCCACCAGGAUGAUGAGGGCAGAUGCUAUAGUCCUGCUGUUGAUCCCAACUUCCCAAAUAAACCUCCUCUGACUUUUGAUAUUAUCCGAAAAAAUGUUGAAAAUAAUCGCUAUAGAAGAUUGGACUUGUUCCAGGAGAAUAUGUUUGAUGUACUGGAGAGGGCAAGGAGAAUGAACAGGACUGAUUCAGAGAUUUACGAGGAUGCAGUUGAACUUCAGCAGUUCUUUAUUAAAAUUCGAGACGAACUUUGUAAGAAUGGAGAGAUUCUUCUGUCACCUGCUCUCAGCUAUACCACCAAGCAUCUUCACAACGAUGUAGAAAAGGAAAAGAAGGAGAAGCUGCCCAAAGAAAUAGAGGAGGAUAAGCUCAAAAGAGAGGAGGAGAAGAGAGAAGCUGAAAAGAGUGAAGAUUCUUCUGGAUCAGCUGGGCUGUCAAGCUUGCAUCGGACCUACAGCCAGGAUUGCAGCUUCAAGAACAGCAUGUACCAUGUAGGAGAUUAUGUGUAUGUGGAGCCUGCUGAAGCCAACUUGCAACCUCACAUAGUCUGUAUUGAGAGGCUGUGGGAAGAUUCAGCUGGUAAGGAAGUUUUUAAAAGUGACUAUUACAAUAAAGUUCCUGUUAGCAAAAUUUUGGGCAAAUGCGUGGUCAUGUUUGUUAAGGAAUAUUUUAAAUUGUGUCCUGAAAACUUCAGAGAUGAGGAUGUCUAUGUCUGUGAGUCACGUUAUUCUGCAAAGACAAAAUCUUUUAAAAAGAUAAAACUGUGGACUAUGCCUGUAAGCUCUGUAAGAUUUGUCCCACGAGAUGUACCCCUGCCUGUGGUCCGUGUUGCUUCUGUAUUUGCUAAUACAGACAAAGUAGAUGAGGAGAAACAUGCUGAAACACUGGAGGACAGUAAGGUGGGAGAAAGUAUCCUUCAUCUUGAAAAGGACAAAGAAGAUGUUCCAGUAGAAAUGUCCAAUGGAGAACCUGGUUGCCAUUACUUUGAACAGCUCUGCUACAAUGAUAUGUGGCUUAAGGUUGGGGACUGUGUCUUCAUAAAAUCACAUGGGUUAGUGCGACCUCGGGUAGGAAGAAUUGAAAAGAUGUGGGUGCGAGAUGGAGCUGCGUAUUUCUUUGGCCCAAUCUUUAUACAUCCUGAAGAAACUGAACAUGAACCAACUAAAAUGUUCUACAAGAAGGAAGUAUUUUUGAGUAACUUGGAGGAGACCUGUCCGAUGACUUGCAUUUUGGGAAAGUGUGCGGUUCUGUCGUUCAAAGACUUCCUCUCCUGCAGACCAACAGAAAUCUCUGAAAAUGAUGUUUUUCUUUGUGAGAGCCGCUACAAUGAAAGCGACAAACAAAUGAAGAAAUUUAAAGGGCUGAAGAGGUUUUCACUAUCUGCAAAAGUUGUAGAUGACGAAAUAUACUAUUUUAGAAAACCCAUAGUUCCUCAGAAGGAACCAUCUCCACUACUGGAAAAGAAGAUUCAACAGCUAGAAGCAAAAUUUGCUGAGUUGGAAGGAGGCGAUGAGGACAUGGAAGAGAUGGGAGAAGAGGAAGGUGAGUCCACUCCCAAGUCUGUUAAGGGCAGCACCAAGAAGGAGGGAUCAAAAAGGAAGAUCAACAUGAGUGGGUACAUCUUAUUUAGCAGCGAGAUGAGAGCUGUGAUUAAAGCUCAGCACCCAGACUACUCCUUUGGAGAGCUCAGCAGGCUUGUAGGAACUGAAUGGAGAAACUUGGAAGCAACAAAGAAAGCAGAAUAUGAAGGCAUGAUAAGUGGCUAUCCACCGGUGCUGCCACCUUUGCAGGGCCCAGUUGAUGGCAUUGUUAGCAUGGGCAGCAUGCAGCCACUUCACCCAGGGGUGCCCCCACCCCACCAACUUCCGCCAGGUAUGCCAGGCAUCCCAGGCAUCCCACCACCCGGUGUUAUAGGCCAAAAUGUGUCCCCCAUGGUAGGCACUCCAGCACCCGGGGCAAGUCCUUUUGGACAGCAGAUAGGAAUCCUUGGCCCGCCGGGACAGCAGGCACCUCCUCCGUAUCCCGGCCAGAGCCCAGCAAGUCAGCCAGUUAUGCAGCAGCCCACAACUCCCAUGUUCGUCUCCCCUCCACCAAAGACACAGAGGCUUCUUCAUUCCGAAGCCUAUCUGAAAUAUAUUGAGGGGCUUAGUGCCGAAUCAAAUAGUAUUAGCAAGUGGGACCAGACCCUUGCAGCACGAAGACGAGAUGUCCACUUAUCAAAAGAGCAAGAGAGCCGACUCCCUUCACACUGGUUAAAAAGUAAAGGGGCUCAUACCACAAUGGCCGAUGCAUUAUGGCGUCUGCGAGACUUGAUGCUACGAGACACCCUUAAUAUCCGUCAGGCGUACAACAUAGAAAAUGUUUAGUCGCAUAAUUGCUUCUUUCUUUGAUACCGGCAUAUAAGGAGUUUUGUGGAACAAUAGCUGUUUUAGUUACUGGGUGGGGAGAGAUAACCAACAAUAAUUUGUAUUGCAUUUUACUGUACAUUGCAAGACCAUUUUUAUAUAAGGACACUUUUAAUAAGCAUAUUUCACUUUUUGUUAUAUUAAGUUGACUUUAUCAAAUACACAAAUUUUUGCAUAUGUUUCCUUUGUUUGAAAGGCGAUUUCAUAAUUGGUUAAGUGUAGUCAAGGAUUCAUCUUUCUUAUACUUUAUUGCUGAGAAUCUGAUGCCAUUGUUUUUAUAUAAAAGAAGAAAAA